AUGUUGAAAUUAUUAAUUCUUUUCGUGUGUCUAUCAACCACUCUCAUUUUGGCGAAAGAAGAUAGUGGAAAGAAAAAAGAAGAUGUUGGAACUGUUAUAGGAAUUGAUCUUGGAACAACAUAUUCUUGCGUCGGCAUUUUUAAAAAUGGUCGUGUGGAAAUUAUUGCCAAUGAUCAAGGAAAUCGUAUUACUCCAUCAUAUGUUGCAUUUACAGCCGAUGGUGAACGUUUAAUCGGUGAUGCAGCCAAAAAUCAGUUAACAUCAAAUCCAGAAAAUACAGUUUUUGACGUCAAACGUUUAAUUGGAAGAGAAUACAGUGAUCCAACAGUACAACACGAUAUCAAACAUUUUCCAUUUCAAGUUGUUGAAAAGAAUAGUAAACCUUCCAUUAAAAUAAUGUCUGGCAACGAUGCGAAAAUAUUUGCUCCCGAAGAAAUUAGUGCUAUGGUGUUAGGAAAAAUGCGUGAAAUUGCCGAAGAAUAUUUGGGAAAAAAAGUUACGCACGCUGUUGUCACAGUACCGGCUUAUUUCAACGAUGCUCAACGACAGGCUACAAAGGAUGCUGGAACAAUUUCUGGUCUGAAUGUAAUGAGAAUAAUCAACGAACCAACAGCUGCUGCCAUUGCUUAUGGAUUAGACAAAAAAGAAGGCGAAAAGAAUAUCUUAGUUUUUGAUUUGGGAGGUGGUACAUUUGAUGUCUCGUUAUUAACGAUCGAUAAUGGUGUAUUUGAAGUUGUUGCAACUAAUGGUGAUACUCAUUUAGGUGGUGAAGAUUUUGAUCAACGUGUUAUGGAACAUUUUAUUAAAUUAUUUAAAAAGAAAACAGGCAAAGAUGUACGUAAGGAUAAUCGUGCUGUACAAAAAUUACGUCGUGAAGUUGAAAAGGCUAAACGAACAUUGUCAAGUCAACAUCAAACAAAAAUUGAAAUUGAAUCAUUUUUUGAUAAUGAAGAUUUCUCAGAAACAUUGUCACGUGCCAAAUUUGAAGAAUUAAACAUGGAUCUAUUUCGUUCAACAAUGAAACCAGUACAAAAAGUUUUGGACGAUGCUGAUAUGAAAAAAAGUGAUAUUGUUGAAGUUGUUUUGGUUGGUGGUAGCACCCGAAUACCGAAAGUACAACAACUUGUCAAAGAAUUUUUUGAUGGUAAAGAACCAUCACGUGGUAUUAAUCCCGAUGAAGCUGUUGCUUAUGGUGCUGCUGUACAAGCUGGUGUUCUAUCAGGCGAAGAAAAUACAGGUGAUUUAGUGCUGUUGGAUGUUAAUCCAUUGACAAUGGGUAUUGAAACUGUUGGUGGUGUUAUGACAAAAAUUAUUCCACGAAACACAGUUAUACCGACGAAAAAAUCACAAAUAUUUUCGACUGCUGCUGAUAAUCAACCUACAGUUACCAUUCAAGUAUUUGAAGGUGAACGACCAAUGACAAAAGACAACCAUGUUCUUGGCAAAUUUGAUUUGACUGGCAUUCCACCUUCUCCUCGUGGUGUCCCACAAAUUGAAGUUACAUUUGAAAUUGAUGUCAAUGGUAUCUUAAAAGUAACGGCUGAAGAUAAGGGAACGGGCAAUAAAAAUAAUAUUGUCAUCAAUUCAAACACAAAUCGUUUGUCACCAGACGAGAUUGAACGUAUGAUUAAAGAUUCAGAAAAAUUUGCUGAUGAAGAUAAAAAAGUUAAAGAUCGUGUUGAUGCUAAGAACGAAUUAGAGUCAUAUGCCUAUUCAUUGAAAACUCAACUGGCAGAUAAAGAAAAAUUAGGUGGAAAAUUAUCAACAGAAGAUAAAGAAACAAUUGAAAAAGCUGUAGAUGAACAAAUUAAAUGGAUAGAAGCGAAUCAACAAGCUGAAGUUGAAGAAUUGAAAGAACAUAAAAAACAACUUGAAGAAAUUGUAACACCUAUUAUGACCAAAUUAUACGGUCAAGGUGGUGGUCCAGGAGGUCCUGGCGGAGAAUCACCACCACCACCAUCUGGUGGACACAACGAAGAUGAUCUAUAA